AGAGGGAACCAAUAAGAGUAAGGAAGGCUUGUUGCAUCUAGCCUUCCUUAGUUAUAGCAAAACGGAGGCUCGUCCGGCAACGUAUGUGUUAAAAUUAAAUUUAGCCAAAAAGAGAGAGAGAGAGAGAGAAAGAUAGAGAAAGAAAGGCCAACGGCUACGUUUCUUGCAGACGACGACGAAAACGAAGACGAAGACGAGGACGACGACGACGACGAACGACGCGACGUCCUUUAGUUCAGUCUCAAGAGCAUAUCCCGGUUGUACGGGUGCUCUAAUUAGACAUAUCUUUUUUUGCUUUUCUUCUCUAUCUUUUCCAAAAGAGUAUCCUUCUUCCUAUUUCUUUCUUUUUUUUUUUUCUUUUUUUCUCCUAAUCCUUCCAAAUUCUUUCCAAUUUUCAUUUAUUUUUUUGCUUUUCUUUCCUUUCCUUUCCUUUUCUUUUCUUUUUAAAUACAAAAUUCCCGCGAAAAUUUAUGUACGUCAAAUAGAAACACAUCGAGUGAAAUAAUUAACUCAUUAAGAAUUACCUUGUGCGGUAUCUAUAUCGUCAACAAAAAGGUGUUACGACUAUCGUUGUUGUAAAGCGUCAUCGUCGUCGUUCUUUAUAGAAGACAUAUAAUACCUCCCAAUAAGUGAGAGGGACUCUCGACCGACAGAUAUCAGAUGGAUCGAGACGAUGAAGAUUUUGGUGAGGGAUACAUCGCGGAAUCGCAUCCACUUAGACCAACUCAUCUUUCGGUACCUUUAGGUGGAAGGGGUGAUUCCAGAGCACCCAGUAUCAGUAGCAGUGUCAGUGAUUUGGAUGCUCCUAUUUAUACCAGAGAAACUACCAUACCGAUAUCUGCUAAAGGGGGUCUCAAUGGCCGAUUAAUUUUUGCGAUCGCUGCAGCUGUGUUAGGAUCAUCGUUUCAACAUGGAUACAAUACUGGUGUGGUUAAUGCUCCUCAAGAGCUUAUUGAAAAUUGGAUUAGCGACAUAAAAAUGAAUCGGACUGGAGUACCGACGAAUCAAUCGGAAGUAACUGUGAUCUGGUCGAUAGCAGUGUCGAUAUUUUGCGUUGGUGGUAUGAUAGGUGGUUCAUUGGUAGGUUUUAUCGCUGAUCGUUUUGGUAGAAAAGGAGGUUUAUUAUUGAACAACGUACUCGUUCUAUUGACCGUCCUACUCGAAGGAUUCGCUAAAAUGGCAAGAAGUUACGAGAUGAUAAUAAUCGGACGAUUGUUGAUUGGUAUAAAUUCUGGAUUGAACGCCGGCUUGGCACCUAUGUACCUGUCCGAAAUAUCACCUAUUAAUUUGAGAGGAGCUGUCGGAACGGUUUAUCAACUUGUCAUCACUAUUUCAAUCCUGAUAUCGCAGAUUCUUGGAUUGGAAAAAUUAAUGGGAACGGAAAAUCAGUGGCCUCUGUUGCUUUGUUUGACCGUAGUACCGGCAUUGUUUCAAGUUAUUACCCUACCACUCUGUCCGGAAACCCCAAAAUAUUUGUUGAUUAACAAGGGAAAAGAUAUGGAUGCGCAAAGAGCUUUGACUUGGUUACGCGGUACCAUCGAAGUUCACGACGAGAUGGAAGAGAUGCGAGCGGAAUACGAAUCGAUGAAACUAGUACCGAAAGUCACACUUAAGGAACUCUUCGUUAAUUCCGCUCUUAGAAUACCCUUAAUGAUAGCUGUCAUGGUCAUGCUUGCACAACAAUUUUCUGGCAUCAAUGCCGUUAUGUUUUUCUCGACGAAAAUCUUUAUGACGGCACAACUCGACAAGACUUCUGCUCAGAAUGCUACGAUGGGUGUCGGUGCUAUGAAUGUUCUCAUGACUCUUAUUUCAUUGAUCUUGGUUGAAAAAGCGGGUAGAAAAACAUUACUUCUUGUUGGUUUCUCCGGCAUGUUCUUGGACACGGCUCUGUUAACCGUUUGUCUUGCAUUUUCUGAGGCAUCACGCGUUGCUGCUUAUCUCUCUGUACUACUGGUCAUUUUGUUCGUGGUAUUAUUCGCAACAGGUCCCGGAAGCAUUCCUUGGUUUUUGGUAUCUGAAUUGUUUAAUCAAUCUGCACGACCCGCGGCCACCUCUAUAGCCAUUGCUGUUAAUUGGACAGCCAACUUUGUUGUCAGUAUUGGAUUCCUACCUCUUCAAGAAGCAUUGGGUGCUUACGUGUUUAUCGUUUUUGCCGCGUUACAAGGAUUCUUUGCCUUCUUCAUUUAUAAGAAAGUACCAGAAACGAAGAAUAAAACAAUAGAGGAGAUUACUAGUAUGUUUAGGCAAAUAUCCUACCAGUGAGAAUAGAUUAGAGAUUAGAUAGAGAUUCAUAAGUGAACAAAAAUUUGAUUUUUGCCGAACUAACGCAGAAGUGUGCAUCUUACAUGAGAAGACAUGCGUCUGACAGAUUAGUUAUGUUGCGUUAAUUGUUUAAAUCAUUUUCAUGCUUUCAUUCGAUUCUCCAUUUCGUAUUAUUUCAUCCACGAGUUUAUAUAAACAUUUGAACGAAGACGUGAGGAAACAAAAAAAAAAAAGAAAAAAAGGUUCGAUCAAAAUUGUACAUACCACUUUAUACACGAUAGUUAACGAAAUGAUUAAUCGCAUAUCGUUCCAUAGAAAAUAAUUUGUUUUAGGUGUACAAUUUAACUGACAAUAUUAUCCGUUUUAUACGUGUAAUGAAGAAAAAAAAAAGCGCAUCAAUUAACAUAUCGUCAGAUCGCGCACAUUUUUACAAGUUACUAUUCAUUUGCUUUUAAGAUUAUACAAUUUUUAAUGAAACUUCAACUUAGUUCCUAUUAUCCCUGGGACUGCAUAAGCGAUAGGAAGAUCUUCAAAUAUUGCGUAGCAGACUCAAUUAAUAUCAAAUUUGAACAGAGUCUUUGAAAAUAGUUAUCUAUGUUUUUACAAAAAGAUUUCCCAGACCAGCAAAUGAAUUUUUGUGCCUGCAAAGAAUAAUAAUUCUAGUCAUGAGAAGAGACGCUGGUUUAAUAUUAAAUGCAAAUAACUGGAGGGAUCUUCCUUGGGGAAAAUAAAAAUCAAAUAGAAAAAGAAAAACGAAAGAGUAAGCAAAUUUCUUAUUGCGAAACGCUUUUUUUUGUGUAUUUUUUAUGAGAUCAUGAGUUUUCAAGAUUGAGAUUAUCGUUCUAAGAAAAUCGUAGAGUACAUCUAAUCGCUAGCCAUUAAGAAGAAAGUUGAUCGAGAUGGAAAGAUUUUUUGCUUUUAAAGUAGAUUCUUGCAGUAAUAAAUGAUAUAUUUGUAUUGUCUGAAAUAUAAUAUAAAAAAAAGUCUAUAUAUUUUAUCAUAAUGAUCUUUAAUGUUGUAUCAAACAAAAAGAAAGAUUGCGUAAGAAUUGUAAAUAUGGAUGUAGAUGUAUAGCAAGAUUUAUAAGUAUAAAUGGUGUAGAAUAGAAAAUAAUUAUAUUUAUGUAUGCAUGUAGUUUACUAAUGAUUAAGAAAAUUUCUCCACAAGCAUAAUUAUAUUUGUAAUCUGUACAGAGUCAUUAUUUUAAUGACAACAUCUGUACAAUAUCGACAAGUUAAAUAUACAUAUACCAAGCAGAUUUCAUAGAAGGCCAAUUUUAUUUUGGCAACUAACAAUAAGUGUAGAAAUAGCAUAUGAAAAUAUGUUUUUUAGAUGUAUUCCUAAACUCAAAUAAUACUCAGAUCUAAAAUCAUUUUUAGUAUCUAUACAACGAGAAAUGUUAAGAAUUAAUAAGUGUAUGUACAUGAUCGCAGCAUGCAUCAAAGCAAAGAAAAUAUGCGAGCUACGAUAUAUCUGAUUUUAAUUUAUGAAUUCUGCACAAAGGUUAUUAUGAUAGCUCUCACUGACAUAUUUUUUGAAAAAUACAUUAGAGAGAAAAACUUCUUCAUGCAUAUCUGCAUUUAAUGGAACUCUUAUUAUAGAUAUAAUAUUAUGUUUAAUUUGUACAAUAGAGUUGGCAUAUUCUGUGGACUACUAUAUUAAAUAAAAUAAAUGUCAAAGCAUAUUUUAAUC